AUGGGAAGACACGCUCAGCAACACCCUCUCGAUCCUCUCUCCAAUGUCGAAGUCCGCCAUACGGUUCAAAUUCUCCAGCAGCAUCUGAAGCUAUCCUCAAAUGGACAGAUUCGCUUCAAGACGAUCGAUCUUGCUGAACCUCCCAAGAAACUCGUGCUCGACUACUUUGACAGCCAGCAGCAUACACAAACGCCGCCACGACCAGAUCGGAAGGCACGAGUCUACUACCACGCGAAGGGAUCGCAGCUUCUUGGCAAAGCAAUCGUCAAUAUCUCUUCCGGGACGGUUGAGGAAAAUGCGGAGCUGCCUGAUGUGCAGGGCCCGGUUGACUGGGAUGAGUAUGAACGGGUACACAAGGCGUGCACUUCGCACCCUGCCGUAGUAGCCGAGGUUGAGAAGCUCAAGCUUCCUCCAGGCGCCAAGGUAACGAACGACCCUUGGGCAUACGGCACCGAUGACCCUCACGAGCGUCGGCGGUUUUUCCAAUGCUACAUGUACAUCGCCCUCAAUGACGACCCGGAAGCAAAUUACUACUCUAUCCCAGCUCCACUGGCUCCCGUGUUCGACGCUCAUACCCUGGAGCUGGUCCGCAUAGAGAAACUCCCGCUCGGCGACGGGAAAGAAGUCGACGACGAAACCCAGCCGUGGCAGCCUGUCAAGCCGGUUGAGUAUAGCGCACGCUUGCUUGGGGAGCAAGCGUUCAGAAAAGAUCUCAAGCCGCUGCAGGUCAUCCAACCAGAUGGGCCCUCCUUCUCGAUCGAUGGGCGGCGCGUUGCCUGGCAAAAGUGGACAUUCCACCUGGGAUGGACUAUCCGCGAGGGCCCUGUUCUGCAUGACGUACGGUACGAUGGGCGUCCUCUAUUUUACCGCGUGUCAAUGAGCGAAAUGACGGUGCCAUAUGGUGACCCCCGGGCCCCGUAUCACCGCAAGCAGGCUUUUGAUCUCGGCGAUUCAGGUUUCGGGUUGACCUCGAAUGCUCUUGUCCUGGGCUGCGAUUGUUUGGGGCACAUCGCGUACUUCGACGGGAUCAGGGUGACGGGUGUUGGCGAGCCCGUCGAAAUCCCCAAUGCCGUCUGCAUGCAUGAGGUUGAUCAGGGAAUCGGCUGGAAACACACAAACUGGCACACUGGCGCCGCGUCGGUCGUGCGUGACCGUCAACUCGUCAUUCAAUGCACGGCUACUGUGGCCAACUACGAGUAUAUCCUGGCUUUCGUGCUGGACCAGGCCGCGAACCUCCACGUCGAGGUUCGCGCUACAGGAAUAGUGUCGACGAUGCCCAUAAGACAAGGGCAGCAUUCACCAUGGGGGACCACAGUAGCCCCAGGAGUGCUAGCCACCAACCACCAACACUUGUUCAAUGUGCGCAUUGAUCCAUUCCUUGACGGGGUGCGCAACAGCAUUGUGUACGACGACUGCAUCCCCAUCCACCCCGACCCACAGCUCGAUCCGUAUGGUUGCGCAUUCCGUGUGCACACGACGCCUGUCACCAGGCCUGGGGGCUACGACCUUGAUCUAACCAAGUCACGGACCUUCAGGAUCAUCAACCCCUCCCGCGUGAACAGUGUUUCAGGGAAACCCGUAGGGUACAAGUUGCACCCUUGCCCGAGUCAAAUGCUCAUGAUGCCGCCGCAUACAUUCAAUUAUCGGAGAGGAAUAUUUGCCUCCAAACCCAUCUGGGUGACGCGAUACCAAGACGGCGAGUUGUGGGCUGCGGGAGAGUUUACGAACCAGAGCCGAGAGGACACCGGCCUGGCCGUGUACGCUGCCAGGAACGAAAAUGUAGAGAACGAGGAUGUCGUCUUGUGGCACACAUUUGGCGUCACGCACGUUACGCGACCUGAGGAUUUCCCAGUAAUGCCGGCUGAGAAGUUCAGCGUGUCGUUGAAGCCGACCAGCUUCUUUGAGCAGAACCCGUCGAACGACGUACCGCGCUCAGAGCAGAAACUCAACAGGUCGACCCUCUAUACUCAUGAGAAUGCUGCAGAGGGCUGUUGCAAUGAUGCAUCAGACGUGGGAUCCAAGCUGUGA